GGCAUCUUCGAACUGGUGGAACUGGUCGGGAAUGGGACAUACGGACAGGUUUAUAAGGGGCGUCAUGUCAAGACGGGCCAGCUCGCUGCCAUCAAGGUUAUGGACGUCACUGGGGAUGAGGAGGAGGAGAUCAAACAGGAGAUUAACAUGCUUAAAAAGUACUCGCACCAUCGCAACAUUGCCACAUACUAUGGAGCCUUCAUCAAAAAGAAUCCCCCAGGGGUGGACGACCAACUCUGGCUGGUUAUGGAGUUCUGUGGAGCCGGCUCCGUCACUGACUUGAUCAAAAACACGAAAGGGAAUACGCUGAAAGAGGAGUGGAUCGCGUACAUCUGCAGGGAGAUUUUACGGGGACUAACCCACCUGCACCAGCAUAAAGUGAUCCAUCGGGACAUUAAGGGACAGAAUGUGCUGUUGACUGAGAACGCUGAGGUCAAGUUGGUUGAUUUUGGUGUUAGCGCGCAGCUUGACCGCACAGUCGGCCGGCGAAACACCUUUAUUGGCACACCGUACUGGAUGGCACCCGAGGUGAUCGCCUGCGACGAGAAUCCAGAUGCCACGUAUGAUUUCAAGAGUGACCUGUGGUCUCUGGGGAUCACAGCCAUCGAGAUGGCCGAGGGAGCUCCACCUCUGUGUGACAUGCACCCAAUGAGAGCCCUCUUCCUCAUCCCCAGGAACCCACCUCCACGCCUCAAGUCCAAGAAGUGGUCCAAGAAGUUUGUGGCUUUCAUCGAGGGAUGUUUGGUGAAGAAUCACGGGCAGAGGCCGGCCACAGAACAGCUGCUCAAACACCCGUUCAUCCGUGACCAGCCCAAUGAGCGCCAGGUCCGCAUUCAGCUCAAAGACCACAUCGACAGGACCAAGAAAAAGCGAGGAGAGAAAGAUGAGACAGAAUACGAGUACAGCGGGAGUGAGGAAGAGGAGGAGGAGGGUGACAUUGGAGAGCCCAGCUCCAUUGUGAAUCUGCCGGGCGAGUCGACUCUGCGCAGGGACUUCCUGCGGCUGCAGCUGGCCAACAAGGAGCGCUCGGAGGCCAUCCGCCGGCAACAGCUGCAGGAGCAGCAGCAGCGAGAGAAUGAGGAGCACAAACGCCAACUGCUGGCCGAGCGGCAGAAGCGCAUUGAAGAGCAGAAAGAGCAGCGGCGUCGGCUGGAGGAGCAACAAAGACGGGAGCGAGAGCACCGGAAACAACAGGAGCGGGAGCAUCGGCGGCGAUACGAGGAGAGGGAGCGAGCCAAGCGGGAGGAGGACCGGCGGAAAGCCGAGUGCGAGCAGGAGUACAUAAGGCAACAGUUAGAGGAAGAGCAGAGGCAGUUAGAGAUCUUACAGCAGCAGCUGCUCCAGGAACAGGCUCUACUUCUGGAGUACAAGAGGAAACAGCUGGAGGAGCAGAGGCAGGCGGAGCGGCUGCAGAGGCAGCUACAGCAGGAGCGGGCGUACCUGGUGUCCCUCCAGCAGCAGCAGGAGCCACGGGCCGGCGACAAGAAGCCGCUCUAUCACUUCAAAGACAGCAUCAACCCCUCAGAGAAGCCAGCCUGGGCUAAAGAGGUGGAGGAACGGUCGAAGCUGAACCGGCAGAGCUCGCCCUCCAUGCAGCACAAGCUGGGCAGCCGUGCCUCGGACCCCAGCAUGCCCCCUCGCUCCGAGUCCUUCAGCAGUGGAGGGGUGCAGGCUGCCCGCACACCCCCGAUGCACAGGCCCGUUGAGCCCCAGGUCCAGGUGGCUCACUUGGUCCCACUGAAACCCCACAGCACCUCCAUGACGGCCUCCCAGUCCCUGCACGAACAGCCCACCAAGAGCAUGUCUGGGGCCUUCCACUCCCAGGAAGGGCUCCCGGCACAUCGAGCGGAAAUGCCUCGGCAGAACUCCGACCCCACAUCCGAGACCCCACCACUCCCGCCCCGCACCGGAGCCAGAGAAGAGAAGUAUGCAGGAGGUGCCUGGUUCCGCCAGGAAGAGUCCAUCCCACCCAAGGUACCUCAGCGGACGACGUCCAUAUCGCCGGCUCUGGGGCGGAAAAACUCUCCCGGGAACGGAGGCGGUCUGGCCAACCGGCCUAGCACCCAGCUCCUGAGAGUCAGUAACCCUGACCUGCACAAGAACGAGAAUCUGCUGGACAACCCGCUGCACAGAACCAGCAGCUCCAGCACAUCAAGCUCCAGCUCCCAGCCCGGCUCCCAGCCCGGCUCCCAGCCCAGCUCCGAGCCCAGCUCCCAGCCCGGCUCGAGUGAACGCAACCGCAUCCGAGGAACCACAAAGCCAGAAGCUUCUCCUGUGCUGUACCAUGAGGGCUCUCGAAUAAAACAGGACGAGGCUCGAGACCUGACCCGACCCAGCAGACCGGCUAGUUAUAAGAAAGCGAUAGACGAGGGGGAAAUGGAUUUGACGGCUUUGGCCAAAGAGCUACGUGAGCUGCGGAUCGAGGAGGCUGCCCGACCGCCGAUCAAAGUCACCGAUUACUCUUCGUCCAGUGAAGAUUCUGAGAGCAGCGAGGAAGAGGAGGAGGAGGAAGAUGCGGAGAACGGGACCCAGGACGGCACGGUGCCAGUCAGCGACAUUCCCAGGAUAAUACCGACAGUCCCUGGCAGCAGUGAGCAGGAGUUGAACCUGUUGGGGGUUCAUGGCCAUGAGAGAUCGUUGUCAUCCGAUCUCUAUAGUAACCUGUCGGGAGACGGAACCCUGAUUAUCCGAGAGACGUCUGGUGAUAAAACGCGGAGCAGUCACGCUGACAGUAACGGCUUUGCCGGACACAUCAAUCUGCCCGAUCUAGUGCAGCAAAACCACUCUCCUGUCACUACACCGACUGAGGUAAUGGGACGGAUUAUGUCUCAACUCGCUCAAGACCUGGACUCGGCGGCUGGGUUUGGACGGGGCACGGGCACCAAAUCCUCCUUCACUCCCUUCGUGGACCCCAGAGUGUUUCAGACGUCACCCACUGGCAGUGAGGAGGAGCUGUCGGCAGCAGUCAUGUUCUCCACUGAAGUGCUGCGUCAGGAACAGGCCAAGCUCAACGAGGCUCGUAAGAUCUCCGUGGUGAACGUGAACCCCACCAACAUCCGCCCACACAGUGACACGCCUGAGAUCCGCAAGUACAAGAAACGCUUCAAUUCCGAGAUCCUGUGUGCCGCACUCUGGGGGGUCAACCUGCUGGUGGGGACUGAGAAUGGUUUGAUGCUGUUGGACAGGAGUGGCCAAGGGAAGGUCUACAACCUCAUCAAUCGCCGACGCUUCCACCAGAUGGACGUGCUGGAAGGACUCAAUAUCUUGGUCACCAUCUCCGGUAAGAAGAACAAGCUGAGAGUUUACUACCUGUCCUGGCUCAAAAACCGAAUCUUGCACAAUGACCCCGAGGUGGAGAAGAAGCAGGGCUGGACCACAGUGGGCGACCUGGAGGGAUGUGUACACUACAAAGUCGUGAAAUACGAGAGGAUUAAGUUCCUGGUCAUCGCUCUGAAGAACGCAGUGGAGAUCUACGCCUGGGCCCCUAAACCUUACCACAAGUUCAUGGCUUUCAAGUCGUUCACAGAGCUGCAGCACCGGCCGUUGCUGGUGGACCUGACCGUGGAGGAGGGACAGAGGCUGAAGGUUAUCUACGGUUCACACACCGGCUUCCACGUCAUUGAUGUUGAUUCCGGAAACGUCUACGAUAUCUACGUCCCAUCACACAUUCAGGGGAACAUCACUCCUCACGCACUGAUCAUUCUGCCCAAGACGGACGGGAUGGAGAUGUUAGUGUGUUAUGAGGACGAAGGCGUCUACGUCAACACAUACGGCCGCAUCACCAAGGACAUUGUGCUGCAGUGGGGGGAGAUGCCCACAAGUGUCGCGUACAUCCACUCCAGUCAGAUCAUGGGCUGGGGAGAGAAGGCUAUCGAGAUCCGAUCAGUGGAGACUGGACACUUGGACGGUGUUUUCAUGCACAAGAGAGCGCAGCGGUUGAAAUUCCUGUGUGAACGGAAUGACAAGGUUUUCUUCGCCUCAGUGCGCUCAGGUGGGAGCAGCCAGGUCUUCUUCAUGACGCUGAACAGAAACUCCAUGAUGAACUGGUAGUCUCCAGCCGGCAGCUUGGCUCAGAACUUUAACUCCAGACUUGUGGGAUGUUAGCAACUAGAAUUUUAACCUUUUAAAAGAACAAUAAGAGUGAGUGAGUGAGCGAGCCUUGGACAUUAAGGAUUUAAGAGGCUGAUGCGAUGUGACAGGCCUGUGUUCCGUAACUUGAGGUGAUUUUUUUUGUCGGUCAGUGUUUUUUGGCGACGGAUCUCGGCGGGCCGUGAGAAAC